CUUCGCCACGGCCACUUGCCCUUUCACCGUUCAAUCCACUUUGUGUAUCGCGCUGUGGAUCUAGAUGAACGUCCUUUCAUCGAUUCUCGACCGUUGACGUUGACGUAGGCAUCAUGGCUUACAAUGGCUACAAUGGCUAUGGUGACGAUGGAAUGGACGGCGUCGAGUCGUCAGGACCCAAAGUCACCGUGAGAGAAGUUGAACAAGAUCGUGUCGACUUUGUCCUUCAAUCGUGCUCCCUCGCCUUGGCCAAUUCCUUGCGUCGCGCCAUCCUUGCCGAAAUCCCUACCAUUGCGAUCGAUCUGGUAGACAUCACCACAAAUUCCUCAGUUCUGCCGGACGAAUACCUUUCCCACCGACUGGGCCUAGUCCCUCUACACAGCAAGCAUGUUGGCGAAAACCUAAACUACACACGCGAAUGCGAUCAAUGUGACGAUCAUUGUGACGCCUGCUCAGUGAUUUUGCGCCUCCACAUCCGAUGUACCAGACCUGGAACGAUGAACGUCUACGCCCGUGAUCUAAUGGUGGCCAACUCUCGCGCAGAUAACAUUGGCACCCCUGUGAUCCGUGAUGCUAAUGGCACCGGUCCAUUGAUCGCCAAACUCAGACAAGGGCAAGAGAUCCAGUUGGAAUGUAUCGCAAAGAAGGGGAUCUCGAAAGAACACGCAAAGUGGGCCCCUACCGCAGCAGUGGGUUUUGAGUACGACCCAAACAACAAACUCCGGCACGUUGACUACUGGUAUGAGAGUGAUGCUAGAUCCGAGUGGCCGGUGGAUGAACGAAACGCCACGUGGGAAGGCGACGAUUCUUCUGCCGAUGCUGCCUUUGACCCCGAUGCUGUUCCCAGUGCUUUCUUCUUCGACAUCGAAGGCAUUGGUACCCUUGAGCCAGACGAUAUUGUUCGCGGUGGCAUUGAUGUGCUACAGAAAAAACUCGCCGAUACCAUUCUGGUGCUUGGAGGGGCUGAUGUGGCUGGGGCUGAUGCCAUGAAUGGAGGACAGAGUCCAGAUGGCUAUGAACCAGCCCCAGCCAACAUAGGCUACAAUGGUUAUGGCGGCGUCAAUGGCGGUGCGACUGCGUAUGGAGCCAAUUCAUAUGGGGCAGGUUACGGCGGAAGUGGUUAUUGAUUUGCCGUCGACACAGUCUCCGUUUCAGGCAAAAGGCCCGUCACUACCAGCACGAAUACCACCCAUGUUUAUUGUGGACAGUUUUGAAGUCCUGCAAAUUGUAUGGAUGGGUGAUACUCCCUGCGACAGAGUUGGGUGUCGAUGGCACUCGAUGCGCACUGGGCGACAUGUUGUCCGUUGUCUAAAGGGACGGUGAUCUAUGACCGAGAUGACUUUCAAAUGCAGGCUCGAUGCGACGCAUCACCGUUAGCCAUGUCCACGUGCCCGCGCCUACCCAGACAGCCGAAGGUCGACCUGUUCCGACAAGUCUAGGCUUGUCUCACAGAAGUAGCAGGAUAAAGGAUCAAUGGUCAGGCCUCCAGCAGGUAUCGUUAAGCGUGUGCUUUUUGUGGAGAGAGCCAGAACAAUGCAAACAGUGGUUUACAGACAGGGACUCGGAUCUUUGACCGUGGCACCAUAGCAUGGCAUACAUGGUUUCAAGCUUUGGCCAGGGACCAAUGCGGCAAGUGGGCGACGGGGAAGUGAUUGGGUCGAGUCUAGCUAAGUCAGCAGAAACGGGGUGACAAUAGCCUUGCAUAAUCGGCAUGAUUACAUACUCCUCUAGACUUUUGGACCUGUGGAUGGCACAAACGCAGCUUGGUAUUGGUGCAAAUGUUAAAGUAUUGGAGAAGAUGCCUGAUAGAUACUGACUCUGAGUGGUGUAGCGAUUGAUGACA